GUAACCGCCUCAGAGGGCGCUCGUCACUGCAUGACCAGGACGAGAACACCAGACGGAUACAACCCAUUUUUAGAUUACUUACAUGAAAAAUGAACUCCCCCGAGGCGCUGGAGCGCGAGCUUGCGGCAACCGCACCGGAGAACUUUCCGCACGACCUGCUCCGGACGGCUAUGCGAAGCGAAAUCUUGUCUAUGUAUUGGUUGGACUAGUAAGGGACAUCAGGGUGAAUGUGAAAGGGACUUUUGUCACGCGUGAACUUCUGUGCAUUAUCAGCUUGUAGCUUGUACUACAACGAGGAGAACCUGAUAAUUAUGGAGAUGAAGUACUAACUACACAAGGGUGGCACAAGAACGGCAGAUGAGCUGUCUCACUGUGAACACAUUUCUACUUCUCAUUCUGCGAUAUAUUAAAUUUCGCCCGCAUAGCUCUUCCCGUGGCUUUCCUGUCGAAAAACGGUUACCGACUGGCGAUCAUGUUUUUCGUGGUGCAUUACGUGAUGUUUGCUGGCUAUUUGGUCUAUUUUUCGCUCCCCGGGCCCUGGAUGGUAGGCGGCCACGCGGAAGCGGUGCAUUUUUUCUACACGCGCGGCAUUGAAGGGGUCGAAGAACCACCUCCAGGGGAACAAACACAGGACGGUUUCCGUCCUGUUGAGCGCCGAUCUUUGUUGAGCAGCGAUGCAGUUGAAGAUUCAUCGUCCCACAGCACUGAUGUAGUUGAUAGCACAACAACUUCUAGCCACGACGGCGGUACCUCAGCAGCCUCAGUCUUCCACGGCUUGGAAAAGCAGCGCGCCUACGACCACUACCACCCUUUUUCCGCGGGUUUUUGGAACGUGGACAAGGACAGUAUGCGCGUGACCAUCCCGGAACCGGGAUCCACCACCAUGGAAAAGACGGCGCGACGGCAGAUCCACCUGUUUCACGUGCUGCACUUCCUGCUUUGGGGCAGCGUGCUUCUUGAGAUUCUCUUCGUGUUCAUGCUACUUUUGAUCGUGAAAAAACAGAACAACAGUGCGGGCAACGUGUCUGUUUUACCCCCCGCUUGGGACCGUGUGGCCUUCGUCUUCGGCAUUGUGGGCCGGUGCACGACCAUCGGGGAUGUGCUGUGUCUGUUCCGCAUUUUCGUGGAGGACAGCGCCUUCAUGCCCCUGUUCGUCGUGGUCGCGGUGGCUGCCGGAGUGUUUCUCUUCCUGCAAGUUGUCCUGCUACAGCUCCGCGGUCUCUGCGGGUUUUUAUCCGAGGCCGACCGCUGCGACCUGGAUAAGCCCGACCAGUGCCUGCCCAUAGACCGCCUGUUCGGCGGGGGUUUGAUGAGCACUUCUGGUCGGCGCCCGUGCUUGUUGCUGCUUCUGUUACCGAGGAAAUGCUGGCAGGGUGUUUCUUCGCUGGGUUUCAAGCUCCGGAAGCUUUUCAUUCAGGGCUUGCGCACCGCAACCAGGACGUCGAGCAGUAGCACGACUACUGCCCGGGCUACAAGAAGUAACAGCAGCGGUGCCGCCAAUUUAUCUUCCGCCGAGCGGCAGACGCAGCAGCUGCUUCCGUUGCGAAACUUUGCCGAUCCAGAAUUGGGCGGCGGGGAAGCAGCUGCAUCAAAUGAGAUGGCUGACGCUGAGGUUGAUGGUGCUUUUUCUCCCGCGAGCAGCUCGUCUUCGUCACCGAGCCCGCACCGGGCACCGAGAGCAGCUGCGACGCCAGACCGCACAGGAAGUGGUGGAAUUAUUGCAUCUUCUUCUACAACACCGGAGCAGCCUGGCACGGCCUCCCAGUGGUCGGGAACUACUACACAAGCAGCAGCGGGGGCAACAGCUCGCUCUCCCAGAACAAGCGGCGCUACCUUCGAAGAAGAUACAGGAGACUCCUCUCGACUGCCGUCCCUGGUGUCGGACGACGACAAUCCGCUGGUAAAUUUCCUUCUAGCGACCAACAACACCGUGGUGCUGCGCCACGUGCUCCGUGCGCAGAAGUGCUGCGCGGUGGCGCUGGGUAUGCAGCUGAAUUUCGUGUACGCCACCCUGCUGCGGCAUUUCCUCCCCUACGCCGGGACGGAGGAUCUGGAGUUUCAAUUUGUCGUGCUGAAUAUGCAUUGCAAAAGUAUCGUACUAGUACAAAUUGCAUGACAAAUUUUGGCAAGAAGGAAAGCGGAAUUUGUAAUGCUGUUUUGCCUUAGGAAAAACAUAUUUGCAAUUAGUACGAGUACGAUAGUUUUGCACAGGAUACUGAAUUUCACGCGCUGCUUGUCGCAGGACGUGGGACUGAGUUUAUGCAAGGGCUUCUACUUAUUGGACUUCGAAUUCGACGUCUUCGUGCUGUUCUGCUUGAUGAUGAACCUACUCACCAUCUCAAGCGGACUGCUGCUCAGUCAAAGCGACCGCAUGUUGCAUCACCCGGAAAUAGAAAUCUUGGAAGAGGAAUCUUCUCUGGCCCCUUGUAGAUGGCCCUGCUGG